GCCUUUGUUAACUUCAUCUCUUCCCCAUCCUCACACUCACUGGAUCUCAACAUCGUCUGACAUCUCACUAAAUUUCAUACUCGCUCAUCUUACCAGCAAUGAUUGCUUCGUGUCUUGCAUCCAUUCUCUUUUUCGGCGCAGCUCUCGCCCCCUCGUUCGUUGCUGCUGCGCCUCCUCCCGCCAAACGUCAACUCUGCUCCGUCUCCUCCGUCCUUACGACGCUCCAGUCUGAAUUGAGCGUCAUCUUACCUCAGAUUGACACCCUCGUCUCUUCUACGAACGCUAGCGAUGUUACUAUUACUCCUUUGAUUGAAGAUGUCGUCUCUGCCCUCGACAAUGCCACGGCGUCCCUUCCUGGUCUGACGUUGAGCGGGACCCAGGCAAAGAUCCUCAGCGUCGCUAACAACACCGUCACUGAAAUUGCCCAAACUCUUGAUGGCCUUCUCAGCGUCGCUGACGAUGUCCCUUCGCUCGGAGGACUGCUCUCUAGCGUUGAAACCUCUUUGGGUGAGGUUCUCAGUGGAGUACUCAGUCUUGUCGGUGGAAUCCUCGACACCGUUGGUUCUCUUUUGGAGUCCCUCGGCGGCGGUUUGAAUGGUACCUUGCCUUCCCUGGGUUGAUAAGCUGUUCAAUAAUGUUCAUAGAUACCUCCUCUUUGACCUUCGAGCACUGGCCGCGUAGUUUGAUUAGGUUGUCGAGUGUCAUUCCUGAUUAGUGUUACUUUUCUUGAUCUGCCUCGGAAUGUGAAAAUUAUUGUGUCGGAAGACAGGC